CUGGAAGCGGAGGCCGAGCGGCUGGGGGCUGACGCGCUGCACGCCAGGCUGGCGGCGGUCGACCCCGCUCGGGCGGCGGCCCUCGACGCCCGGAACGUGCGGCGAGUCAUACGAGCGCUGGAAAUCCACCACGCUACGGGGCGGAAGCCCUCGGAGUUUGUUGCCGCCGGUGAGCCACCGGCCAGCACCAGCAACGCGUUGCUGCUGGGGCUCACCAUGGAACGAGGGGAGCUCUACCGGCGGAUCGACGAGCGGGUGGACCGCAUGUUGGAGGACGGUUUCCUCGCGGAGGUCGAGGCGCUGGCGGAGGCGGGGUUCCCAAUGGGAGAGGGGCCGUUGGACAGUCCGGGGUACCGGGAGCUGGGACAGUACCUGGCGGGGGAGCUUUCGCUUGACGAGGCGGUGGCCCGCACGCAGACGCAGACGCACCGGCUGGCGCGGCGCCAAUACGCUUGGUUCAAGCUGUCGGACCCGCGCAUUCACUGGCUGGAUGCAGCUGAUCCGGGGCUGGUCGACAAGGCGGCGCAGGCAGUGGCUUCGUUCCUGAAUUCCGAGGCCCCGUGA